AUGGUUACUGGUGGAGCUCCACAGAGAGGAAGUGCAGCUGCAACUGCAAGCAUGCGGAGGAGGAAAGGCGGCAACAGUAGCAGCAGCGCCGGUGGUGGAGGUUCCGGAGGAGCAGCCGGAUCAAUGCUUCAGUUCUACACAGACGACGCGCCUGGUCUCAAGAUUUCUCCGAAUGUUGUUCUUAUUAUGAGCAUUGGUUUCAUUGCUUUCGUUGCUGUUCUUCAUGUCAUGGGCAAGCUCUAUUUCGUCAAGAGCAAAUGA